AUGUCUCCUCACGCUGAAAAGGCCGUCUCUCGGUUCCAUGCAACCUCUACCGAGAAGGCUAUCGCCAUUGAGGAGGAGUACGCCGCUCACAACUACCACCCUCUCCCCGUAGUCUUCUCCCGCGCCGAGGGCAUCAACGUCUGGGAUCCUGAGGGCCGCCACUACUAUGACUUUCUCUCUGCAUACAGCGCGGUCAACCAGGGCCACUGCCACCCCGAACUCGUCAAGGCUCUUGCCGAGCAGGCUGGUCGAUUGACCCUCAGCUCCAGAGCCUUCUACAACGAUGUCUUCCCCAAGUGGGCUGAGAAGGUCCGCGAUGUUUUUGGCUACGACAUGGUUCUGCCCAUGUGCACUGGCGCCGAAGCUGUUGAGACAGCCAUCAAGAUUGCCCGCAAGUGGGCGUACAAGGUCAAGGGCGUUCCUCAGGAGAAGGCUUGGAUCUUUGGUGUUUCCGAGAACUUCCACGGCCGGACCAUGACCGCCAUUACUCUGUCUGUCGACCCCGAAUCGAGAGAAAACUACGGCCCCUAUGUGCCCAACGUUGGCGCUUUCAACCCCACCACUGGCAAGGCCAUCCGAUACAACAACAUUGCCGAUCUCGAGGAGGUUCUUGAGGCUCACGGCAAGGAGACUGCUGCUUUCAUCUGUGAGCCCAUCCAGGGUGAGGCUGGUGUUGUUGUCCCCGAUGAGGAUUACCUCGCCAAGGUCCAGGCUCUCUGCACCAAGCACAAUGUUUUGUUCAUCUGCGACGAGAUUCAGACUGGUAUCGGCCGAACUGGACGCAUGCUCUGCUCCCAGUGGGCCAACAUCAAGCCUGACCUCGUCACCCUCGGAAAGGCUAUCUCUGGUGGCAUGUACCCCGUGAGCUGCGUUCUUAGCAGCAAGGAGGUCAUGCUGGUCGUCGAGCCCGGCACUCACGGUUCUACCUACGGUGGUAACCCUCUCGGCUGUGCCGUCUCGAUCCGCGCUCUUGAGAUUAUGGAAGAGGAGGAUCUUACUGCCAAGGCUGAAAAGCUCGGUAACAUGUUCCGUGAUGGCCUGAAGGCUCUCAACACCCCUAUCCUCAAGGUGAUCCGAGGAAAGGGUCUCCUCAACGCCGUUGUCAUCGACGAAUCUGCUGCCAACGGCCGAACUGCCUGGGAUCUGUGCCUGUUGCUCAAGAGCAAGGGUCUUCUUGCCAAGCCCACUCACGGCGACAUCAUCCGCUUUGCACCUCCUCUGGUGAUUAGUGAAGAGGAGCUUCGAAAGGGUCUCGAGAUCAUUUCCGAGGCUAUCAAGGAGCUUCCCAAUGUUGAGCGAGCCCAGGGUCACUAA